UCCCCAGCUCAGCUCAGCUCAGCCUCGCAGCCUUAAAGCGGAGGCGGCUGAGCUCCGGCGGGUUUCCUGCAGACGUGGCCUGGAUGAACCGAGUCUCCGCCGCUUCUCACCACUUCUGCAGGCCACCAUGUCCACUGUCCUCAGGUCCUGCCUGCUGCUGGGGGGCUUAGUCUUGGCCUACGUGGUCUACCUGCUGCUGGGAGCGCUGGUGUUCUCGGCCAUCGAGCGGCCUGUGGAGGAGGACCUGCACUCCGAGCUGAGCGCCCUCAAGGCGGAGAUCCUCCAGCUCAGCUGCAUCAACGCCUCCACGCUGGAGGACUUUCUGGAGAAGGUGCUGAGAGCCAACAAAUACGGGGUUUCCGCGCUCAGGAACGCCUCGGUCAGCUCCAACUGGGACCUGGCCUCUUCUCUGUUUUUCGCCAACACGCUGGUCACCACCGUAGGUUAUGGCCACACAACCCCUCUGUCGGAUGCAGGUAAAGCCUUCUCCAUCGUCUACGCGCUGUUUGGUGUCCCCUUCACCAUGCUGGUGCUGACCGCCUGUGUGCAGCGGCUGAUGCGGCCGCUGACCUACAGGCCGAUCGCGCUGUGGCAGCAGUGGUCAGGCUGGCAGCCCCAAACGGUUGCCGUUGGACACUUCGUCGUGCUGCUCACGGUGGUGGUCGUGGCCUUCUUUGUGCUGCCAGCGGUCAUCUUCAGCUCCAUAGAGGACUCGUGGUCGUUCCUAGAGGCGUUCUACUUCUGCUUCAUCUCUCUCUGCACUAUCGGGCUAGGGGACUUUGUUCCGGGGGAGCAGCCCAACCAGAGGCUGAGGCCGCUCUACAAGCUCUCCGUUAUGGUGUAUCUAUUUGUGGGGCUGAUGGUGAUGUACCUGGUUCUUCGUACAUUCCACAAGCUGGCCGACGUGCAGGGCUGGACGGCCUUCUUCCACCUGCCCAACUGUGAUGAUGAAGGCGAGGAGGACAAGGAGCCGAUAGUGGAAGCUGUGAAUGAAACCAUGCAGGCAGAUGAAACGGCUGCCAGCAAGCCCCUGGACCCCGGAUCACACGUCUCCUACAACUCUUUCAGCAAAUAAACAUCUCACCUCCACCUUCACCUCCACUCUCUCCUGUAGAUGUCUCCUUUAGGGCUCACACAUGAGCAUAAGUGCGAGAGUUCGUCACUAACUGUGAACAGUGAGCGUCUGUUCUGUAUGUGCGUGAGGGGUGGGGUGGGGUGGGGGGUUACCUGUCUCAGGUGAGCUGCACCCAGAGCAGUACUGGUCCUGAUGAAUAAAUGUGGGGGAAUAUGUAAGGGCUGUUUCUUAUGCCAAAGUUAUUUGGAGUUGUUGUUGUGUUUUUUUUUUUUUUUUUUUGUUUUGUUUUUGUUUUUUUUUUCC